AUGUCCAAUCCCAGCACGGUAGAUUUGAACUCGCUCGAACCUCAACAGCUUGUCGAGUUCCGCAAGUCUAUAGACCAGGAAAUAAACCAUUUCACCCAGUCCUUGCAGGCACUCCAGACAGCACAAUCCAAGUUGAGAGAAUGUAUUAGUAGCAUCAACAACUUGGAAAAGUCAAGCUCCGAUGACUUGUUGAUUCCUUUAACCAGUUCGUUGUAUUUACCGGGCAAAUCGAUCAAGAAGAACGAAUUCCUCGUGGACAUAGGCACAGGUUAUUUUGUAGAGAAACUGGCCAAAGAUGCCAAGCAAGUGUACGAUUACAAGAUCACCAAGUUGAACGAUGACGGCAGAAAGUUGAAGGAUAUUUUAGUCCAAAAAAACGAGAUCUUGAACAGUGUCAACUUGGUAUUGAGAAAGAAGAUGAUAGAGUACGAGAGCCAGCAGGAAGCUGCUGCCGAACAGCAAAAGGUAAGUGCCUAA